CUUCCAAGUGUGCUAUUGCGGUGCUUCUCACCAUUAAUAUUAACAUUUUACAUCGCCUUCAUCAGAUCUGGUUGUCCUUCAUCUUUCGUCUGCUCAGUGCUUUUGGUUCUUCGUUUAAUAGAAAGGCUUAUAUAUAUUAUCAUCAAGCAAUGGCUGUUGCAUUCCACAACCUCAACUCUGAUUCUGGCCUUAAGAAGCUUGAUGAGUACCUCCUGGCCCGCAGUUACAUCACUGGGUACCAAGCCUCAAAGGAUGAUAUCACUGUGUAUUCAUAUCUAGCAAAAGCUCCAUCAGCUGAAUAUGUUAAUGCAUCUAGGUGGUAUAAGCACAUUGAUGCACUUCUGAGAAUCUCAGGUGUAUCCGGUGAAGGCGCUGGUGUUAUUGUAGAGGGGUCUGCACCCAUCACUGAGGCUGUGGCAACUCCCCCUGCUGCUGACAGUAAGGCCUCAGCUGCUGAAGAAGAAGAUGACGAUGACGACGUCGACGUUGACCUAUUUGGUGAGGAAACUGAAGAGGAAAAGAAGGCUGCUGAAGAACGUGCUGCAGCAUUGAAGGCUUCAGGGAAGAAGAAAGAAUCUGGCAAGUCCUCAGUUCUCAUGGAUGUCAAGCCAUGGGAUGAUGAGACCGAUAUGAAAAAGCUUGAAGAAGCUGUUCGAAGUGUUCAGUUGGAAGGAUUGACUUUUGGAGCAUCUAAACUUGUUCCUGUUGGAUAUGGCAUAAAGAAGCUGCAAAUUAUGCUUACCAUUGUGGAUGAUUUGGUCUCUGUGGAUGAUCUCAUUGAGAAUUAUCUGACGGUUGAACCUAUCAAUGAGUAUGUUCAGAGCUGUGACAUUGUUGCUUUCAACAAAAUAUGAUUUCUGUUACUCUGAAUUUUUGAUGGAAAUGGGUGGCGAUCUGUAGACGUUUUCUCUUGUCAAAAAGGCGUCCCUGAUAAUGCGUCUGUUUUGAUCCUUGUUUGGAAGAAUAUUUACUUAUAUGAAUUUUGGUUUUGAUGUUAACAAUUUUAUAUUGUUGCAUGCACUACCGCUAUGCUAUAUGCGUUCAUUGCAUCAUUAAGUAAUAUAUCUCAACUUCACUUUCCGCA